CAUUUGAAAAUGUUGAUUAGGAUGUUUAGUGGCUAGAUAGACUUGUUAUUAAUGCUUGUUGAUCAUUUAAUUGCCUUUGGAAGAAGUUGAUAAUUAUUUGAUUAGUAAAGUGAUUAUUGUCAUGGAAAUGAAUUAGUCUAGUUUAGUGUCUAUGGCCUAAGGAUUAAUGCUUGUUUGAAGUUGUUAGCUCCAUAAUCCGCUUCCUUAUCGCUCCUAGUCAAUUACCUUAACCCGAUGAUUCAUCUUUAAUUAUUGCUUAGUAAUUGUCUUUUCCCGCUUUGUUUCAAUUCGAAUCUUGUUAGUCUUUUGAUUAUUGCUUUCUUUCAUCUUGUUUUGCAUUGCUUGCUUUAAAUUACAUUGUUAGUUACAUUUAGAAAUCAAAACUCAUCUCUUAUUAAGCUUAGAUUAAACAAAUUUGUGUAUUUUUGGUGUGUUAAUUAAUUGCUUUUUGAGCUUCGAUAAUUUAAUUGGUCGGGUAAAAAUCGCUACAUUAAUUUGGCGCCGCUGCCGGGGAGCAAUAUCAAUUAGCCAUUAGGAUUUCAUUUUUGCUUGAGACUAAGCCAUUUACUUUUCGCAUAUGAUUAGAUUCACACAUCUAGUUGAGAUGAUGAGCUCUCUUUUGUUUGUUGUUACUAACUUGUCUUCUUUGAUUCUCUUAUGCUUUCAAAGGUACUCAAAUCAAAAUAAGAAGAAUGGGAAGACAAUGUCAUUUAAGGUGUUGGAUGUGGACAUUCGUACUAACACUAUUCAAGCUCCACAACCUCAAGAUUUAAGAGUAAAUCCAACUUAUGCUCGAGAGGAGACAACCACAAUAGGAAGCUUUGAUGUUCCUCAUUGUCAUGAGUCAAGAUAUGGAAUCCGACCUCCUCCAAUAGAAGCCAAUGCUUAUGAAAUCAAGCCAAGUUUGAUUCGAUUGAUUCAAGGCUCUCAAUUCUUGGGACUAGCUAUGGAGAAUCCAUAUGAUCAUUUGAACUCCUUUGAGAGUAAAUAUAGCUCAAUGUUAGAGAAGAGAGGAGAGGGUGAAGAUGACCAAUGAUUGGGAGAGAAGGAGGAGACCACAUAUACCAAACCUUCCUUAUUUGCAAGCUGUGCUUAAGGAAGGACCAAGAUUGCACCCACCAGAGCCUUUCUUGACGAGGAUGUUCAAAGAAAGGUGUGAGAUCAAAGGGUUUUACGUACCAGAGAAAACAAAACCUUUUGUUAAUACUUAUGCUGUGAGAGAUCCUGAUUCUUGGGAAGAUCCUAAUGAAUUUAAGCCAGAGAGGUUUUUAUCUUCUUUCAAUCGGAACAAGGAAACGAGAGAGAGAGCGGUAAGGGAAGGAGAGCAUGUCCUGGAUCAAAUCUAGCCUACAUUUUUGUGGGAACAACAAUAGAGUUGAUGGUGCAGUGCUUUGACUGGAGAACCAAGGCAAAGUAAAA